AUGCAUACUCUCCCAGUCCCUACUCUCCCCGUCCCUAGUACUAUCCCUGUCCCUACUCUCCCCUUCCCUACUCCCCCUGUGCCUACUCUCCCCGUCCCUACUCUCCCCGUGCCUACUCUCCCCGUCCCUACUUUCCCCGCCCCUACUAUCCCCGUCCCUACUAUCCCCGUCCCUACUCUCCCUGUCCCUACUCUCCCCGUCUCUACUCUCCCCGUGCCUACUCUCCCCAUGCCUAGUCCCCCUACUAUCCCUGUCCAUUCUCUCUUUAUCCCUACUCUCCCUGUCCCUACUCUCCCCUUCCCUUCUCUCCCCGUGCCUACUCUCCCCGUCCCUACUCUCCCCAUCCCUUCUCUCCCUGGCCCAAUUCUCCCCGUCCCUACUUUCCUCGUCCCUAUUCUCUGCAUCUCUACUGCCCCUGUCCCUACUCUCCCUGUGCCUAUUGUCUUCUCCCCAUCCCUGCUCUCCCCGUCCCUAAUCUCGUCUCCCCGUCCCUACCCUCUCCGUCCCUACUCUCCCCGUCCCUACUAUCCCCGUCCCUAA